AUGGAAGGAUAUAUUGAUGAAGAAAUAUUAAGAAUAGAAUUACAGAAAGAAUUCGGUGAAAAAGAAGGAGAAAUAGAAGAUGAAGAUAUAGAAAAAAUAUAUAAAAUAGUGAUAGAUAUUAACAAAAGAACCCCAGUAUUUAAAGAUUUACCAGAACCACUGACUAAUUUGGCAUAUAAUAUAUUUUACAUGCAAAUAUAUAAUAGAACUUUUUUCUGUGAUUAUAAAGAUAUUAUAUCAGAAAUCAAUGAUUCUAUAACCCAAACAUCUGAAAUUAUAGAUAUGAUUAAAGAAGAAGCAGAGGCAUUAAACAGUGGAAGUAAAAAAGAGGCAUUUUAUAAAUUAAUAAGUAAUAAUCAUAGUAUUAUGGCAUCAGUAUAUAGGCAUAGAAAGAAUUUCUAUGAUUCUUCUAUUAAUGUACUGUGUGAGAAAGCAGACAGAUCAGAACUAGGUGAAGAAAUACCUUCAGAAGAUGCAAUACUUAAACUAUAUGAGUUAACUGAAUCAGGAGAGUGUUCUAGAUUACAGAAAGUGUUAGAUAUACUAAUAAAACAUGGUGAUAAACUAACUAUAGUUGAUAAGGAUGGAGAAGAACAAUCAAAUGUGAGUGAUUUAAAGCUAACUGACGAUGAUAUUUAUUCAUUACAAUUACUUGCAAGAACAGAACGUUCGGAUUUUGAUUCUUUUACUUAUGACAUUAUAAAUGGUUUAAUUUAUAAUUUAAUUCAAGUUCAAGAUAAAGAUAAAAAAUUACAUACUUCUAUUGCGUGGUUAUAUUAUACAAUAUAUAAGAUGUCUACUAUGGAGCAUGGAUUUAGUUUAGGUAAAGAUGAGAACAAAGAUAGAAUUAAGACAUGCGUAGAUCAACUGAAUAAUAUGGAAAGUAUUGAUAUUAUAGAUAAUAAGUCUAUUCUAACGCUAUUAGGUGAGCACAGUAAUGUAUUAGACCAUAAAGAUUUUAAUAUUAAUAAUUUUAGAAAUAACGUACUUCCUGGCUAUUUAAAAUCAAUAAUAUCUGAUGUUUGUGGUAUUACAGGCAAAUCUAUAAAAGAGAAUACAAAAAAUAGAAAUGGCGGUACUAUAGAUACAUCUAAAAACAAAGAAACAGGUGGUACUAUAGAUACAUCUGGUACUACAAUCAAAGGAAUGCGCACUACAACUAUAAUAUUUAUGGCAAUAAUUAUGAUUGUUAUAAUGAUUGUUUUUAGUAUAAUAUUCUUAUAUCCUAAUGAAACAAACAAAAUUAUGAAUAUUUUAAAUAUUAUGUAAAGGCAAAAAUGAAUUUUGAGUUAUUCGGGUUAUAUGUAGGUGUAUAUUCGAGACUGAUCUGCCAAUGUGCGAAUACAUGCAGUGAUCAUGUUAAGAUAAAGAGCCUAUAUAUAAGAAUAAGUAUACCAAAUUCAGACUAGUAGGACAUAAUUAAACAAAUCAUAUAACUAUGGGGA